CUCCUUUACGCAGCGCGGGAGGAGCGACAGGCUGAGGGGGCAGCAGGGCUGAUCAGGGAGAGGUGCGGAGCGUGGCCAGAGGAUCGGUGCCAAGGGUAAAUAGGGUGUCGCCUCUGCCCAAUGCCCCUCUUCCCCUCCCCCAAGACGCAGGGACUCCCGCUUCCCUGAGGCCGGGCGCAGAGAAGUGCUGAGUCACGGUGAGGCACCCGCGCCCUCCAAACCGGCUCUCCCCGCGCUCGGAGCCUACUCCCUGCACCCCUGCCGCUGCAGAGGCGCCAGGUGCCACCGCAGCCCUCUUCUAGGCCGCAGCCACCGCAGCCUCAGCAUCAGAAGACUCUCUUACAGACCUCGACAUGGGCUCCUCGAAGAAGGUUACUCUCUCGGUGCUCAGCCGGGAGCAGUCGGAAGGGGUUGGAGCACGGGUCCGCAGAAGCAUCGGCAGACCCGAGUUAAAAAAUCUGGAUCCAUUUUUACUGUUUGAUGAAUUCAAAGGAGGUAGACCAGGAGGAUUUCCUGAUCAUCCACAUCGAGGUUUUGAAACAGUAUCAUACCUUCUGGAAGGGGGCAGUAUGGCUCAUGAAGACUUCUGUGGACAUUUUGGUACAAUGCACCCAGGAGAUCUGCAGUGGAUGACUGCGGGCCGGGGCAUUCUGCAUGCUGAGAUGCCUUGCUCAGAGGAGCCGGCCCAUGGCCUACAACUCUGGGUUAAUUUGAGAAGUUCAGAGAAGAUGGUGGAGCCUCAGUACCAGGAACUGAAAAGCGACGAAAUCCCUAAACCCAGUAAGGAUGGCGUGACAGUUGCUGUCAUUUCUGGAGAAGCUCUGGGAAUAAAGUCCAAGGUUUACACUCGCACACCAACCUUAUAUUUGGACUUCAAAUUGGACCAAGGAGCGAAGCAUUCCCAGCCUAUUCCUAAAGGAUGGACAAGCUUCAUUUAUACCAUAUCUGGAGAUGUGUACAUUGGGCCUGAUGAUGAGCAACAAAAAAUAGAACCUCAUCACACAGCAGUGCUUGGGGAAGGUGACAGUGUGCAAGUGGAGAACAAGGAUCCUGAGAGAAGCCAUUUUGUCUUAAUUGCUGGGGAGCCAUUAGGAGAACCAGUUGUCCAACAUGGUCCAUUUGUGAUGAACACCAAUGAAGAAAUUUUGGAGGCUAUUCUUGAUUUCAGAAAUGCAAAAAAUGGGUUUGAGAGAGCAAAAACCUGGAAAUCAAAGAUUGCAAACUAGUGAAGAACACAAGAGAGAUCUCAUUUCUUUUGCCAUUUGUGGUGCCCAACCAUUUAGGCAUUCAGUUUCCAAAGCCGUCUUAACUGGUGUUUCUAAAGGAUUCCACGUUAAACUGAUAACAAGGUUUUUGUGGCAAUGUACGUAGGACAUUUCCUGGCCCAUUCAAAUAAACCUAAUCGUUGUUUCUUUAAAA